CUUGGUGCCUGUUUCGCUUAGUAGCUGAGCAGGCUUGAAUGGUCCCUUAUGCUGUGCUCUCUGUCCUGCCGCUGGAUGCUGUGGAAGGUGCUCAGGCAAGCUCCGAAGUUGCGACAUGGAUGCAUUGACUUAUGAUGAUGUGCAUAUGAACUUCACUCGAGAAGAAUGGGCUUUGCUGAAUGCUUCACAGAAGAGCCUCUACAAAGAUGUGAUGUUGGAGAACUACAGAAACCUCAUUGCUGUAGGCUACAAUUGGGAAGAACGUAAUAUUGAAGAACAUUGUAAAAGUUCCAGAAGACAUGGAAGGCAUGAAAGAAGUCAUACUGGAGAGAAACCCUAUGAAGGCAUUCAGUACGGUGAAACCUUUGUUUAUCACAGUAGUCUCCGAAUGCAGAAAAUAACACACACUGGAGAGAAAUGCUACAAAUGCAGUCACUGUGGUAAAGCCUUUGCAGGACACCACACUCUCCAAAUACAUGAAAGAACACAUACUGGAAAGAAAGCUUAUGAAUGUAAGCAAUGUAGUAAAUCCUUUGCCUCUCACGAUCAAUUUCAAAAACAUGAAGGAAUUCAUACUGGAGAGAAACCUUAUAAAUGUGAUCAAUGUGGUAAAGCCUUUGUACAACACAGUCAUCUCAAAAAGCAUAAAGUAACACAUACUGGAGAGAAACCUUACAAAUGUAAUCAGUGUGGUAAAAGCUUUGUAUAUCCUAAAUCUUUACGAGUACAUAAAAGAACACAUACUGGAGAGAAGCCCUAUGAAUGUAAUCAAUGUGGCAAAGCCUUUGCAUAUCAAAGUUCUUUCCAAGUACAUAAAAGAAUACAUACUGGAGAAAAACCUUAUAAAUGUAAUGAAUGUGGUAAAGCCUUUGCCCGAAACAGUGAACUCCGAACACAUGAAAGAAUUCAUACUGGAGAGAAACCUUACAAAUGUAAUCAAUGUGGUAAAGCUUUUGUACGUCACGAUGCACUUCAAAGGCAUGAAAGAAUACAUACUAGAGUGAAACAUAAAGAAUGUAAUCAAUGUAGUAAAUCCUUUGCUUCUCCUGCUCAACUUCGAAAACAUGAAAGAAUUCAUUCUGGAGAGAAACCUUACACAUGUAGUCAAUGUGGUAAAGCCUUUGUACGUCAAUAUGAUCUUCAAAGACAUGAAAGAAUACAUACUGGAGAAAAACCCUAUGAAUGUAAGCAAUGUAGUAAAUCCUUUGCUUCUCAUAAUCAACUUCGAAUACAUGAAAGAAUUCAUACUGGAGAGAAACCUUACAAAUGUAAUCAAUGUGGUAAAGCCUUUGCACAACUCAGUCAUCUCAAAAUGCAUAAAAUAACACAUACUAGAGACAAAUGCAAUGAAUGUAAGCAAUGUAGUAAAUCCUUUGCUUUUCAUGGUCUACUUCGACUACAUGAAAGAAUUCAUACUGGAGAGAAACCUUACAAAUGUGAUCAAUGUGGUAAAGCCUUUGCACAACACGGUCAUCUCAAAAUGCAUAAAAUAACACAUACUGAAGAGAAACCUUACAAAUGUAAUCAGUGUGGUAAAGGCUUUGCCUAUCAUAGAACUUUCCAAGUACAUAAAAGAACACAUACUGGAGAGAAACCCUAUGAGUGUGAGCAAUGUGGCAAAGCCUUUGCAUAUCAAAAUUAUUUCCAAGUACAUAAAAGAAUACAUACUGGAGAAAAGCCCUAUGAAUGUAAGCAAUGUAAUAAGUCCUUUAUUUCUCAUGCUUCACUUCGAAAACAUGAAAGAAUUCAUACUGGAGAGAAAACUUAUUAAUGUAGACAAUGUUGUAAAGCCUAUUCACAAUCAAGUCACCCCCAACUACAUAAAAGAACACAUACUAAAGAGUAACCUUAUGAAUAUAACCAAAGUGAUCUUGAAAGGUGUGGUGGUUUAAAUAUACUUGGCCCAUGGCAAGUGGCAGUAUUAGGGAGUAUGGCCUUUCUGGAGUAGAUGUGGCAUUUGAGAAAGUCUGUCACUGUGGGCUUGGACUCUGAGAUCCUAUGCUUAAGCUCCACCCAGGGCAAAAGAGUCUUCUGGCUGCCUUCUGAUCAAGAUGUCGAAUUCUCAUCUCCUCCAGCACUACGUGUGCUUAGACACUGACCUUUUUUCCCACCUUAAUGAUAAUAGACUGAACCUCUGCAACUAUACACUACUCCCAAUUA